UUGUUCUGUCAAACAAUAUCGAUCGAUUUUUUGAGGUUAUAAAUUAUAAAAUAAAUAUUUGAAAUAAAACAACAAAAUAAUUUUAAAUAAUAAAAGUUGUGGCUUAUAUAAAAGUUCUGUGCGGUUAAACAAGAUGACAGAUUUCGAAGAACCAGCGGCGAAAAUCUCCAAAUUAGAUAUACCCUCUAAGGAUGAGGAGGAAGAGAUGGACGAGGGUCAAGAGGAAUGGCUGAGUGAGGGGAUCCUCACUGAUGAUGACUAUCCUGCUGGUGACCAAGACAAGAGCGACUUCAAUAUAAAUACACACCAAGAUGAGAGUACACCGAGUUUACCUGAUGAGGAUGAAACUAACUUCCUGCCAGACAACCAACCUAGCCUGGAUAACUCGGGGACUUUGGAUAACUCACAACCUGAAGACAACUCAAAUGCUCUGGAUAAUUCCAGCAGUCAGGAUAACCUGGAUGCUCGUGAUCAGACAGAUGCUCAGGAUCUCAUACAAGCUCAGCAUCAGGUAGAAGCUCAGGAUCAUGUGGAAGCUCAGGAACAUGUGGUAUCUCAGGAUCAAGUAGAAGCUCAGGAUCACGUGAAAGCUCAGUAUCACGUGGAAGCUCAGGAUCAUGUAGACGCUCAGGACCACGUAGAAGCUCAGGAUCAAGUUGAAACUCAAGAUCACGCGGAAGCUCAGGAUCAUGUGGCAGCUCAGGAUCACGUAGAUACUCAUGAUCACGUGGAUGCUCAGGAUAUAAGCACUGAAGAUAAUUCAGAGGCUAAGGAAUAUUCUCACAUUGAUGAUAUCUCACAGGCCCAGCUUGAAUUAAAUGCUCAAGAUCACUCAAAUGCUCAAGAUAAUGCACAUGCUCAGGAUAACUCAAAUGCUCAGGACAACUCACUUUCUCAGGUGAUCUCAGAAUCUCAAGUUACCGCACAUGCUGAUACAGAGGAUAACUCAAAUGCUCAGAAUACCACACAUGCUCAGGAUACUAUACAUGCUCAGGAUACUAUACAUGCUCAAGAUAAAACACACGCUCAAGACAACUCUCUCACUCAAGUCUCUCAUACUCAAGAACAAGUGCAAGUUGAACCGAUGAGUAUUGAACAGACUUUGGAUGAAAACAUUGAACAAACGUUGGAUAAUUUUGAAAAUUUGCAAACGUCGGAAAUUCCUGAUGAGCUAGGCGCUUUUCUGGUCAGGAAACCUAACAGUACCACUACUGAGGACAAAAAAGAUGGCAGCGACAUGGACGCGUCCACAAAACAUUCGGACGACGAUGGAAACGACACUGACGAGUUGCUGCGUAUGUUGGGCGAAGACGGACAGAAGAACAAGAAAGAAGUCAAGACGAAGAAGAUGGAGAAAGUAGAACAGAAGAGAAGUAACGACUCAGAGUCCAGCGAUGAUGACGAAUAUAUAUUUGAAGAAGCCAAAGUGGCCAGACUGAAGGUGGCCAAGAACGCCAUAUUGACAAAGCGCCCCACCAAGGCUGUACCCGAAACCGUGAGCGAUGGAGAGGAUGAACCUGACGAGUCAUCAGACGAGGGUGUAACGGUGAAGAAAAUGUUCGUUUCCCGGAAAGCGCGUAAUUUUGCCGCCAAAACCACAACCAAGCAGCCGAAGCGAGACUCUGUCGCUCAGAUCACCAAGCAAAAAGUCACCGUCCAUAGACGUCCUGCGCCCACAAAACAGCUAGUAACCUCAACGCCAUUACCAAAAUUAAAAUCAAGACCAGAAAUCACAAUAAAAAAAAUAAAGCCUGCCCCUCCUCAGAAGGAGGCUCCAAAAAGAGUACCAGAGCAACAGAAAGCCAAGGAGGUUAGCAAACAGGCUGUUAAAGUUAAGGAAGUCCCUAAACCCAGAGUUGAACCUGAGGAAAUCAUUGACGAGGAAGGAUUUUUGGAGGAAGAAGAUGAAUUUGAUUUGGAUGAGGAUUUCCAGUCGGAACCUGAGAAGGAAGAGAGACAGCGCAUCAUGAGACCUGAACAGAUGGAUGAGGAGGUUCCCACGGACUACGACUCUCAUUCCGAUGAAGAUGACGAGAGCUUGUAUGACGAGUUCCCAUCGUCUGGCUCCGACCAGGACGACUGGUUCACUCUGGACCUGCGCUCAGAACGCGCCGGGGACUACAUACCGCUGCUGGGGUCCAAAGCCCACCAGCUACUGACAGCGGAGAAGAAGCGAGUGUCGUCUCGCUUGACCAGUCUCCGCCAGAACAUCUCCGCGCUCAACGAGAGCAGCCUGCUGCAAGCUGACAUGCUGCGCCGCGCCACGCGCCAGCUCGCGGAGCUGGACGCCGCGCUCAAGGCGUGAGCUACGGCGUGACUUAACACGAGUGCAGUGACUUAACAUGAGUGAAAAUGAGGGACGUGACUUAAUGCACAUGAGUACAGUGUCUUAAUGCACAUGAAUAUAGUGUCUUAAUAUGCACAUGAUUCCAGUUCCUUGCUUAAAACGCUAAAAUUGGAUGUUAUGAUCUGUGACAGCCAACAAUAUUGCCAUCUCUUUCUCGGUACACUAAGUGAAUAAAUCUAUCCUUCUCACACUCUUGGCUUGUCUUAUAAGUGCACUCUUUAGUACUCAGCCUUAGACUGCUGAUUAUGUUCCCAGGAGCUGUCUUGAAGGUCAUUGAGACGAAUCAUUCACUCCAAGAUCUAAAUCCAACUAGCUGCUAGGUUCAAAGAAGAAGCAAGUGUCAUUUCGCUUGACCAGUCUCCGCCAGAACAUCUCCGCGCUCAACGAGAGCAGCCUGCUGCAAGCUGACAUGCUGCGCCGUGCCACGCGCCAGCUCGCGGAGCUGGACGCCGCGCUCAAGGCGUGAGCUACGGCGUGACUUAACACGAGUGCAGUGACUUAACAUGAGUGCAGUGACUUAACAUAAGUG